GUUAUACAUGACAAUUCGAUUGAAUGAAAUUUCUUAAAACAGUCAAAAUCGAAAUCCGGAAAUUUCACUAAAAACGAAUAAAACGUAAAACCUUCGUGGAGCAAGUUCGUGAUGCAAAGAACUGAUGACAGUGAAGUGGUCUUCGAUAAUGGGAAAUGGAGCUCCUAUACUCCCCAACAACUGAAGAGGCCCAAAACUAGAAAGCUAUCAUGUACGAAAACGGAACAAAAUAAAAAAUAUAUUUCAGUUAACUAUCUACUAAUGGAAGAAAAGCUGAAUUUUGUGAAAUUAGAAAAUAGAAAAAUUCAUUGAAGAACACAAAUGGAAAUAUAUCAAAAAAGGUUCAGCUGUUCGAUUUACAGAUCAAUGCAUUAUAUAAGUAGAAAACAAAGGCUUUCUUUUGUCAAUUUCUGGAAUAUUUUCACUUUCACUCAUUUUUUUUUUGUAUUUCUUUCGCAUUUUUGAGGAUAAUAUGCUAUUUUAAUAAUAAACUGUUUUCA